AUGUCCUCCAUGCGCAACGCCGUUCAGCGGCGCAACCACCGCGAGCGUGGUCAGCUCGAAGGCCGUGAGAAAUGGGGUAUUCUCGAAAAGCACAAGGAUUACUCCCUCCGCGCGAAAGACUACAACACGAAGAAAGAGAAAAUUAAGCGCCUCCAAGAAAAAGUCCGCGACCGCAACCCCGAUGAAUUCGCCUUCGGAAUGAUGUCGAGUUCGUCCGCUCGACAAGGCAAACACGGCGCUGCGGGAAACCGCGACUCGGCUGCCGCGCGCGGUCUCAGCCACGAUGCCAUUAAGUUGCUCAAGACACAGGAUGCGGGGUACCUGCGGACAGUUGGGGAGCGGAUCCGACGACAGAUGGAGAAGUUGGAGGAGGAGGUGCGGUUGCAGGAUGGGAUGAAGGAGAUCCUGGAUGGGGAUGUUGGGGAGGAUAAGAAGAAAGAGGAGGACGUGAUGGAUGACGAUGAUAUGGACUUUGAUUUCGAUUUCGGGGAUGAUGAGGUGGAUCAGAAGAAGAAUAAGAAGAGCAGGAAAUUGGUGUUUGCGGAUGAUCGGAAGGAGCAGAGGGUGUUGAGGAAGAAGAAGUUACGUGAGGAAGAAGAAGAUGAUGAUGAUGAGGAAGAGGAUGAUUCGUUCGGAAAGCAGGUGAUGAAAAAGUCGAGGAAGCAGUUGGAGGCGGAGAGACAGGCGCUUGUGGAGGCUCGUCGGGCUCGCAAAAUGAAGAAGCGUGCGGCAGAGGCGCGGAUGAACAAGCUCAAGGCGCUGCAGAAGCAGUACAAGGAGAUCACGGCCGCGGAGCGCGAGCUGGAUUGGCAGCGUGGUCGGAUGGAUAAUGUGGUGGGUGGCACGAAUAAGAAUGGUGUCAAGUGGAAGAUCCGUGAGCGGAAGAAGUGA